AUGUUCGCCAGGCUCUACGCACCCAUGAUCAUGGCGCUUGCCGCCUUCUCCAUCACGGCAGCAUCCCCUGUGACACCGAGAUUCAAUUAUGGGCUGAAUUAUAAUUUUGCUGAAGAGGCAAACGUCACUCUCCUCGAGAAACGGGCUACCUUCCAGUACCGAUUCUACGACAACAACGGCUGCGACCAUAACUCCAACCCCGGUGACACCUGGCCGUCGAACGGCGGCCAAGGCGCUCCGAACAACUGCUACAGCGCCCCGACAGGCAUAAACUGGAACCGGGUCGAGAUCGACGUCUUCUUCUCCAACGGCGGGUCUCUGGGCCUGCAGACCUUCUGCAACGUCAACUGCGCCGGCGGCGUCUCUAUCAAGCAGCAGGGCACCAACUGCUACCUGCCCAUCGCCGGGUAA